UACAUAUACUGGGCGCCCGUGCAGCUUGGAGAUCGCUAUACGGGUAAUAAAUAUAGCAUAAAAAGCAAACGGGGAUUUAAAACCCGCAUUGACAGGGUGAUGACUGAAAACGAGACGGAAAGCGAACCUCAGAAUACAGAACUCCAGAGGUCGCCUGGUUCUGUGUGCAGCCAGCAGGAAACAAAGUUUCAAUGGUUAAAGAGAUCCCUUUCCUUCAAGACCAUCCUCAGAAGCAAGAGCGUUGAAAAUUUCUUCCAACGGUCCAAUAGUGAUGUGAAGUUCCCACCAGAGAUCCUGCCUCCUCCGCCCACUCCCUCACCAACUCCACCCAGUGCGUUCCGACAAGUGGACCCCGAUGUUAACGAACCAUCAGCAAGGAAAUCCCACCAGGACAUUCUGCCCCUCAAAUCAGUAAGGACGCACAACUUUCAAGAAUUUGUCUUCAAAAAGCCCACAUUUUGUGACAUCUGCCAUCACAUGAUUGUAGGGUAUUCAAAACGUGGAUGGCGAUGCAAACUCUGUAAAAUCAAUGCUCACCCACAGUGUGGAGAGGAUGCGUGCAGGCAACAGUGUGUGGGGAAAUUGCCAAUGGGAUUCCGGCGGAAUUUUAGCUCCCCACUUCUCAUCUAUGAACAGUAUGGAUUUGUUAAGGAGGCCAUGCCAAUGGCCUCAAGCAGUAAAGUGGACCCAGUGUAUGAAGCUCUCCGAUUUGGGACUUCUCUUGCCCAGAUGAGCAGGUCGAGUUUUGGAAGCUUCUCAGAGUCUCCAACAAAGAAUUUGGGUAACAAUGGGGACAUUGCAGAAGAGCCAGACCUUGGGACGAAUUGCUCUGCAGAGAGUGAGAGCCAGAAAGACACCGAGCCCGUGGAGAAUGGAACAAUUGAAACAGGAGAUAAAAAGGAAAGCUCUGUGUCCAUUCAGAUUAGGAAGCCCUCAGUGCGUAAAGAUAUGCUGCAGAUGCAUACGUAUGUAGCGCUCUACAAGUUUGUACCACAGGAGCAAAAUGACUUGGGACUACAGCAAGGAGACAGGAUUGUGGUCACGGAUGACUCCAAUGAAGACUGGUGGAAGGGUAAAAUCGGGGACCGCGUAGGAUUUUUUCCAGCCAACUUUGUUCAGCGCAUCCGACCUGGAGAGAAAGUCUGGCAGUGCAAUAAAACGUUUCAAGGCAGCAAAGAGCAGGGGCAGUUGCCCCUGAAGGAACUGCAGAUUUGUGUCGGUCGAGCAGAAGAAACGAAUGGGUUUAUCAAAGUGUGCAGCGGCAAGAAAAGGGGAGUCGUGCCAGCAGACAUUCUGAAUGAAAUUUGAUCUUUUUUUACCCUCCAAAUUAAGCACGACCAUGACCGCCUCCAGACGGAAUAUAUGCAGCAGAUUAUGUACCUAACACUUAGCUCACUUUAUUGUGUCUGUCUCUCUUUGCCACCGCACUGCAUCAGUCAGCAGGAGAUUGGUUGGUCCACAAUAACACAAAUGGCAAUCCUUCUCCUCCUUGACCCAUGACACACACCUAUCAGUGCACAUUGAAACUCGUAGAAUGAGAGCUGAAUACUGAAUUGAACUCUGCUCAAGGGGCAGUCAGAAGGCAGUUCGUGCCAGCUUUCACCAUGUUGUCCAGUCUGCUCUUCGCCAAGACACCAUGCAUUUUUAAAGGCACCAGAGCAGCCCCUAAGGUCACUCACAGUUUGUCCAUUGUCUACGCACAGAGGAAAUUGCCCAAAAUUGCCCCAUCUCUUGAUGGCAACCAACAACACUUUGUCAUUGUUGAUAUUUUCAGACCCUUUUUUUUCUGGUUUACUGAAAUAUUGGACAUUUUGGCUCUGGGUAUACAUUGGGGAUAACAGAUUGGGAGUAUCAUUCAGUCACUUUCAAGCUAAGUGUAAAUUAUCUUUGCUUGGUGUCAGGAACCUUGGACUCAGUUUCAACCCAGAGUUUAAUUGAGAGAAGAGGAUUGGUGCAGUGCGAGGAAAGGUAGAUGGCAGAAGGUCAGAGUUUCAGGCCCUGGAUAUAUUACCUCCUUAGCUAAAUUUAAUUGUGGCUGGCCCACUUACUGUACCAAAUAUAGGCCAGAUCCUUGGCAAAACCCAGUAAAGGGGCCAUGCCUUGUGAGCAUGGAAGAGAAUGGGGAUGACUGUACCCUGUUCUAAUCACUUUAUCCAGGUUUAUUUAUGGUUGACCCUGAUUAAACCACAUGCUGCAUCUCUGAAUGGCAUAAUUUUCAAAGGCUUCUAUCUGUUUUCGUUAAUUGCCUAUGUUCCUUUUAAGCCAUAUGGCAUAGGAUGGAAUUACAGAACUGUACAGAUUCAGGUUUAUUUAUCACAUGUGCAUUGAAACAAACAGUAAAAUGCACUGUUUGCAUUAACAACCAAUGCAACCUGAGGAUGUACUCCCAUGUCGCCACACAUUCCAGCGUCAACAUAGCAUGCCCACAACAUUCAACAGAAGAAUGCAAGCAGCAACAGCAAUAAAAUAAAACAACAGCAGCAAAACAAGCCCUUUUCCCACCGUCCCAUCCACAGACAGGCCUACAACCCCAGGAUAGGCAGCCUCUGGGCCACCAGUCCUUGGCCACGGACUCUUGACUCACAGACAUUGGACUGGACCACCAACCUCUAGUCACUGGCUCAGAAUCACAGACUCAAAAACAUUGGGCUCCUAACCUCCAGAUAAGCUGACAUAGGGGCAUUGACCUUUAGACUUUGACCUCUGGACUCACUGACUACAGGAUGGAGAAAGGCCCUUAUGGCCCAUCUUGUCCAUGUUGCCCUUGCUACCUGUCUAUGCUAAUCCCAUUUACCUGCAUUAGAUCCAUUUCCCCCAACUCCUUUCUAAUCCAAUUAACUGUCCAAAUGCCUUUCAAAUAUUAUAAUAGUAUCCUCCACCACUGCCUCUGACAGCUCUUUCCAGAUACACACCACAUUCAACCUAUCCACCAGACGUCCUCUGAAUUUCUUUCAUUCACCUUAUAUUUUUCCUCUCAAGAUUCAGGAUCUGAGUGGAGAACAAGGGAGAUUCAAGAACUAGGGAGCUAUUUUGGGUAAAUGAAGUUAGAUAUUGUAGACUUUGUGAUGCUGCUGUUCCAAGAUUGAUGUAUUUAAUGCAGUCUUUACUCUUCACAAUAAGAAUCCAGUGAAGGGUUGUCGUUGCAUUCUUUACAUCUCAGUUUUCAAUUUUGGAAGGGAAUUCUCAAUUGGAUUCCCUGAGCAAUUUUUCUUAGAAUAGUGAAAAUAGGAAAGCAUGUUCCAUAAGAUCAUUGGCUGAUCUGAUUCUGGUCCAGUUCCACUUCUUUGCCAAACCCCUUCUCUUCUCACCUGCCUAUCACCUUGCUCUGGUGCCUCUCCUCCUUCCCUUUCUUCCAUGAUCCACUCUUUUCUCCUAUCAGAUUCCUUCAUCUUCAGUCCUUCAACUUUUCCACCUGUCACCUCCAGCUUCUUGCUUCAUUCUCCUGUUCCCACCCACCCUCCCCCUCACCUGGGCUCACCUAUCACCUGUCAACUUGUACUCCUUCCACUCCCCCCCAUCCCACCUUUCAGUUUCUUCCCCAUUCUUUUCCAGUCCUGAUGAAAGGACUUGACCCAAGGAGUCAAUAGUUCCUUCUUCAUAGAUGCUGACUGAUUUGUUGGUUUCCUCCAACAUUUUGUGUGUGUUAAGUUGAUCAUUGGUUUCCCUCUAGGACAAAAUAAAGCUGAUCUAUGAAUACAUUCAAUGAUGUUGCCUCUGCAGCACUCUGGAGAAUGAGAACAAUUUAUGAUUUUGGGAGGAAGUCAAGUCCUCCUACUCUGAAGCCAUUUCUCCUUGGUCUAAACAAUCACACUAAGAGAAACAUUCUAUCAAUCUCCCUCAAAAGCUAUUGUGUUUGGGGUUACCUUCUAAACUUAACCUUUCUUAAAGCCCAGUUCAGUUCUUCAUUACAAAAUGUUCCAGGGAUCAACAAGAGGCAAUUCUACAGGUUGAACUGCCUCCAGUAUCCCUCCUCAAAUAAAGAGACCUGUGUAAGUACCUCGCUACACAGGAUGUGGAAACUAUAGAAAGGGUGCAGAAGAGAUUUACAAGGAUGUUGCCUGGAUUGGUGAGCAUGCCUUAUGAGAAUAGGUUGAGUAAACUUCGCCUCUUCUCCUUGGAGCGGCGGAGGAUGAGAGGUGACCUGAUAGAGGUGUAUAAGAUGAUGAGAGGCAUUGAUUGUGUGGAUAGUCAGAGGCUUUUUCCGAGGGCUGAAAUGGCUAACAUGAGGGGGCACAGUUUUAAGAUGAUUAGAAGUAGGUCGAGAGGAGAUGUCAGGGGUAAGUUUUUUAUGCAGAGAGUGAUGAGUGUGUGGAAUGGGCUGCCGGCGAGGGUGGUGGAGGCGGAUACGAUAGGGUCUUUUAAGAGACUCCUGGAUAGGUCCAUGGAGCUUAGAAUAACAGAGGGCUAUGGGUAACCCUGGGUAAUUUCUAAAGUAAGUACAUGUUUGGCACAGCAUUAUGGGCCAAAGGGCCUGUAUUGUGCUGUAGGUUUUCUAUGUUUUGUAUGUUACAGCCUUUCUGAGCAGGAGUAUCAAAGAAGGACAAGUUGGACCAGGGAAAAAGACACUAUCUAUGCCUCUUAUAAUUCUGCUCCUUUAACUUAUAGUCUUAUAGUAGUGUUUUUACCAAUAAAGUCAUUUCUUUUGUGUUCCUGAUAUUUCAUUAAUGCAAAAAUGUUUGGCUAAGAUAGUCCUGGUUCUCAAAGUGUCAAUUCUCAGUGAAUAUUUAGCAUUCAAUAUACUCAUCUUUCCACUAAACUGACAGCUACUGACAGUUAGGUUACAUCUUGGGUCCUCUAUCUAAGAAAGGAUGUGCUGGCAUUGGAGAGGAUCUGGAGAAGGUAUACAAGAAUAAUCCCAGGUAUUAAAAGGUUAACGUUGGCUGUGGGUCUGUAUUUGCUGGAGUUUAGAAGAACAGGGGGGGGGGAUCUUAUUGAAACCUAUCAAAUAUUGAGAAGCCUGGAUAGUGUGAAUAUGGAGAGGAUGUUUCCUGUAGUGGGAGAGUCUACAGGGGGCACAGAUUCAGAAUAGAAGGACAUGUCUUUAGAACAGAGAUGAGGAGGAAUAUCUUUAGCCAGAUGGUGGUGAAUCCGUGGAAUUCAUUGCUACACAUGGUGUGGAGGCCAUGUCACUGGGUGUAUGAAAAGUGGAGUUUGAUACAUUCUUGCAUUCUAUCAAUUGUUUUCAAGAAAAAAAUAGGAAAUGGGGCUCAGAGGGAAAAGAAAAGAAAUCAAGCAUGAUCAAAUGGCAGCGAAAACUUAAUAGACAGAGUGGCCUAAUUCCACUCCAUAUGUCUUAUGGGUUUAUGGUUGAAGUACAGCAGGUAGAUGAGGCAAUUGUGGUAAGGCUUAUUGAGUAGGAGCCCUCAUAUUAAUUCCCCAGCUCUGUUGCUUGACUACCAAGGGAGGGAAUUAUCACAGAGGGGGAAAAGAUCUACUUGCUUAUUGGAACGAAGAACAUUUCAUCCCAAGUAGAAAGCUACAAUAUUCUAAAACUGAAACACUUCCUAAUUACCACUUCAUUUUUUAAAUUCAUUUUUCUAAGCUCCUGUGCAUUUGUAUCAAGGGUUGUUUCACUCAAUGUUUACAGCUGGUUGUGAUGAGAUCAAUGAUCAUCGAAUGCUAUCAGCCAAGGACUCCCUUGCAGCUCAUAUAAUUUCAAAUUUAAAAAAAUAUACAUCAUCAUCUGCCUAGACAUGAUUAUUCACGAUUAAAGGUUUAUAUUUGUUCUCUGACAACUGUUUAAGUUUGUGUGGAGAAUACACUUGUAAUACUGAUUUAGUCUGCACAUUUAACGAAGCAUAUAAUUGCUCUGUGACACAGAAAAUUCACCAGAUUGAUUCCUGGGGUGAAGGAUUUGUAUCCUGAGGAGAAACUGAGCAGGUUGGGGCUAUAUUCUUUGAA